ACGACUCUUCUCCCCUCAUCAAACGCUGCGUCUGGAGCGUGCGAGCUGAACCGCUGCUGUUGGUGUCGUGCUGCCGGAGAUCUAUUCGCCUCCGCCUCUCGUCGCCUUCCAUUCGCCUGAAGAGCCAAACGAGAAGAAGGAAAUACAGACUUGGCCGGGGAAAUAUCCUUCUCCCCCCCCUCCUCUCCACUACACUCCGCCGGCAACCGACUUGGAAGAAAGGGACUCUAUGACCUUGGAAAAUGAAGCUGUUACCAUGGGAACUGUUAAUCCUUCUGUCACUCAAAGAGUGCCUGGCUGGGUCUGUGGCGUGGCAUCGCGCCCCCUCCAGUGCUCGGGCCUCCCACGCCCAGAGCCCCCGCCAUGGCCCUGUGUUCACCCAGGAGCCCAGUGACAGUGUGCUGCCCCUGGGCGCCCAUGAUAACCAGGCCUUCAUCAACUGCAAGGCCAAAGGGAACCCUCCGCCACGCUACAAGUGGAGGGUGGACGGAAGGGAGGUCAACCCCGCCCAGGACCCCAGCUACAGCCUGGUCGAGGGGAACUUGUUGAUCAGAGACCCCCUAGCCACGCAGCACGGGGGGGUGUACCAGUGUAUCGCCACCAACGACAUAGGGACCGUCGUCAGCAAGGAGGCCAAGAUCAAGUUUGCAUUUCUACAGAACUUCAGCCGGAAGUUGAGGAACACGGUGUCGGUGCGAGAGGGCCAGGCGGUGGUUCUGCUGUGUGGUCCGCCCCCCCACAGCGGAGAGAUCAAGUAUUCGUGGGUGUUCAACGGGCAGCCCCGGUUCCUUCUGCAGGACAGCCGACGCUUCGUGUCCCAGCGCACAGGGAACCUGUACAUCGCCAAGGUGGAGGCGUCAGAUGUGGGCAACUACACCUGUGUGGUGAGGAACACCAUGAACAACGCCACGGCCUUCAGCUCCCCCACGCCUGUUGUGCUGCGCACGGAUGCCGUGAUGGGCGAAUACGAACCCAAGAUCGAGGUGCAGUUCCCGGAGAGCCUUCACGUUCCCACAGGGUCCUCGGUUAAGCUGGAAUGCUUCGCCUUGGGAAACCCCGUGCCCUCCAUCUCCUGGCGGCGGGCUGACGGCAGUCCUCUGGCGGGGAAGAUCCAGAUCCACCACUCCAGCGGGGUGCUGGAGAUCCCCUACUUCCGGCCGGAGGACGAGGGGCAGUACGAGUGCGUGGCCGAGAACAGCAGGGGGAGGAACGUGGCCCGGGGGCGGCUCCUCUUCCAGAACGUUGAACACCUGCAGUGGCUCCAGACGUUGAAGGAUGCUAACAUCGCAAUCGAGGCUAAUCUGCAGUGGGAGUGUAAAGCCAGCGGCAAGCCGACGCCCACCUACAGAUGGUUGAAGAACGGGCAGCCGAUGGCACCCGGGGAAAGGAUUCACAUAGAAGAUGGGAGGCUGGGCAUAGCCAGUGUCUCUCUCACCGACUCUGGGAUGUAUCAGUGUCUGGCGGAGAAUGAGCACGGUGCCAUUUAUGCCAGUGCAGAGCUCAAGGUUGUGGCCUCCGCGCCGGACUUCUCCUGGACCCCCGUGAAGAAGUCCACCCUGGUCCAGCGUGGGGGGGAGGUGGUCCUGGAGUGUCGCCCGCGGGCCGCUCCCAAGGCCUUCGUCUCCUGGAGGAGAGGCGGAGGAGGGGAGCUACUGAAGGACACCAGGAGACGGGCGAUCAAGGAGGACGGCUCACUGCGCAUCACCAACACCAGCCAAUCGGACGCAGGGCGGUACACGUGCGUGGCCCAGAACAUUUUCGGAACGUCAAGCAGCUCCGGCUCGCUGGUGGUAAAAGAACCCACCAGGAUUGUGGUGCCCCCGCUGGCCCUGGACGCCACAGUGGGCCAGAGCGUGGUGCUGCCCUGCGAGGUCGUAAGCGACCCUACGCUGGAACCCAUCUUCAAGUGGUUCCUCAACGGAAAGCCCAUCGACCUGGGCCAUCGGCGGGAACACUUUGAGAUGAUCGGAGGGGUGUCGGCAGGUGACCUGAUGGUACGUAACGUUCAGCUGAAGCAUUCUGGGAAAUAUGUAUGCAUGGUGCACACAGUGGUUGACAGCGUGUCGGCUGCAGCAGACCUGAUUGUCAGAGGGCCGCCGGGGGCUCCUGUGGACCUGGUUGUAAGCAGGAUUACCGACACCAGCGUACAGCUCUCUUGGGGGUCUGGACCCGACAACCACAGCCCCAUCACCAGCUACACGUUGCAGGCCAGGACCCCCUACUCUAUAGGCUGGCAGACCGCCCAGACAGUUCCUGAUUGUGUGCCUGGACAGAUGUCGCACGCCACAGUGACAGGUUUGAAACCCUGGGUGGAACAUGAGUUCAGGGUUGUGGCAAUCAACGGUGUGGGAGUUGGAGAGCCCAGCAUGCCAUCCCGACACGUUCAAACUAAAGCCGCAGUUCCUGAGGUGGCCCCAGUGAACGUGAGAGGGGGGGGCGGCAGCGGGGGAGAGCUCGUUAUCUCCUGGGAGCCCAUCCCAGAGGAGCUGCAGAGCGGUGAGGACCUGGGCUACGUUGUGGCGUUCCGGCCGCAGGGGUCCGGCGUGUGGUCCCAGGCCGUGCUGGCCUCGCCCGACGCCUCCCGCUAUGUGUACUGGAACGACAGUGUCGCUCCUCUGUCCCGCUAUGAGGUGAAAGUAGGGGUCUACAACGCCGUGGGCGAGGGGCCGUUCAGCCCCGUGGUCACAGUGCUCUCCGCCGAAGACGAGCCCUCGGAGGCACCGUCCAGAGUGUGGGCCAGGAGCGUGUCGUCCUCAAAGAUUGAGGUGUACUGGGAACCAGUGCCACCGGGUCCUGGCAGUGGACGAAUCACUGGAUAUGAGGUCCUCUGCUGGGAGGAGGGUACGGAGCAGAGCGCAGGAGAGGGGAUGAGGGUGGCAGAGGGAGACCCAGGGCCAAUGGGGGCUCUGUUCUCCGGCCUGAAGUCCAGCGCCGUGUACCUAGUCACUGUCCGGGCACGCAACAGUGCCGGCCUCGGCCCCCCCAGCGCCCCUUGUAACAUCACCACCAAGAAACCCCCUCCAAGUCAGGCCCCAGGCAGUAUUGAGUGGAACCUUACGAACUCCCGGAUCUUUCUGAAUUGGGAACACGUCAAAGCGCUCGAAAAUGAGUCCGAAGUGACAGGGUAUAAGGUGGUGUACCGGGAGACCUGGAAGGGAAGAACUCGCAUCCUGGAGACCAACAGGACCAGCGUGGAGCUUCAGGUCCCCUCCGACGAGGAGCAGGACUACCUUAUCCACAUCAAAGUCCUGACAGACGGCGGCGACGGCGGCAGCAGCGGCGCCAUCCGGAUACCAAGGAUGUCAAGUCUUAACUCAAAAGGAAGCGACGACCCAACAUCAAGAUGGAUUUGUUGUUUUGUACUUUUGAUAGUCUCACUGAUGUCCUAUUAGCAAUGUCUCUGUCUAGUGAGCACACUGUUUAGCAGUCACUGCCUCUCCUUGUUGAUAAAUGAGAGCAGCAACUCUUCUCAACCACAUGAUAUGCAUAUUAAAAUAGGUGACGGAUCGUUCUUUUGUAAAAGUUGUAAUCAAAAGAUAUAUAGCUGGACUAUUGCUUGUGUCAGUUUCAGAUUGUGAUUAAGGUUGUAUUGAUUUGAUGCGGGGGGUUUUCUGGUGACACUCUGUGGUGCAUAGGGUUUAAAGGGACCUGUUCUAAGGUUGAUUGUAUAAUUUCUUAAGCCUUAUACUCUCACCUGCUUUCCUUGAAGCAUCGUGCUACUAACCUUUCCAUCCUUGAGCAGGCUCCAUUUUCCUUCUCAAAAAUAACCCUUCUCCUUGUUGUUAGCGCAAGUAUGUGAAACAUUUUGCAUAUUUCUUCAAGUUACUUUCGUUCGCGCCAGCUCCAAUGUGAUUUCCACACGCAAAGUCAAGAGUUAAGGGAUGUGAGAUGCUCUGGUUGAGGGGAUUAUACAAAGAAACAGCAAUGUGGAGACAAGUUCUUCUUAUUAAACAAUCCAAGUAUGGAGAAAGCAGCUCUUUCAGAGAGGUUCACAGAUUUCUAAGUGGAGCCAAUUCUCAAAAGUACUUGCUGUUAAUAGAAGGCUAAUUUCCCAUUUUUAAAUGCUGCCUUAAAAAUUCAACGAGAUCAUAAUAAUUUCUCAAUUUGCUUUGAAACAAAUUAUCCUGUUGAGAUCUAUAUCGCUGAAAGGUCACGCUUAUCAAUGGCAUGGGGGUAGUCUUGUAUUUUUCUCUCUCAUUCUUGUUAUUGUCCCUGUACAUGUCCUUGAUUAGUUGUCUGCCUCUGAAAAUACAUUGCAUUUCUGUCAAAACAUUUCAGAAAGCAUAUUCAUUCUAAAUGUAUGUCUUCCACAGUGCAAUAUGUACAUGACAUUUACUUUUAGCAGAUGCGUUUAUUCAAAGCAACUUACAAAAAUACCUUGGCAGUUAAGAUGCGGCACUAGGAUGUGCAUUAUUUACUGUGUAUGUGUGUUUGUGUGUGAAUGUAUGUGUGACUGUUUGCAUGCGCUCAGCGUCCUUACAUUAUUUUUCUUCCUUAUUUUUGUUGACAAUUAAGCAGCCAAUCAACACAAUUAGUGGAACACCUACUGUUCUUCAAACACACACACACACAGAAACACACACACACACACACACACACACAGAAACACAACCAUGGUAUGUGGCUUUCAAUGUAAUUGGGUAAAGCUGGUAAUCAUAGAGGAAGGCUACUGCCAUGCUUCGUAGCUCAGUUCCAUUCUCAUAUUGUUCUGUUGAUAGAACAACACAACCCCAACAUUUGUUUUUUCCUUUUCUGUUUAAAUUAAAACAAAAUAUUGAAAUGUCUUUCUUCGCCUGCAUUUACUGCCUUAUUUGAGUAACGUGCCGUCCUUCUGAGACUUUUAUUGGUAGUUAUUCCAAUGUAUAUGAGUAACUGAUGUAUGACUUUAAUCACAUUUCUAAGGGAUUUUCCACUGAAGUCUUCACUGUAAGACACUGAAAAAUAACAAUGGGCGGCAACAUUUUACAGUAAGGAUACAUUAAUGAACCAUCCAUUCACAUUAAUUAAUGAAGCAAUAAGCAUUGACUAACAGUCAAUUAACAGUAAAUUUAUGGUAAAGUUACCACUGAUUAACUUUUCCAUGGAAUAAUGAGCAUUAUAUAGAAUAAGCGUACGUGCUGGGGUUAAGGGUAGGGAACAUGCACACCAUAACCUUAGUUAACAUCAACACCAUUAGUAAACAUGAACCAUUAGUCAAUUAUUAUUUUAAUGUUAACUAAGUUAAUGCCUGUUACAGCAUUGACUAAUGUUAAUCAAUGUGAAUUUAUUUAUCCUUAUUGUAAAAGUUACCCAUUUGGUACUUCUUAAUUAUACAUCUUAACAUGCCCUGUGCCUUCUUAAUCCUAGUUUUUAUCUUUAUUUGAGUUUAUUACCGCACUGUGGUGGUUCUUACUUUGGGUUGAUGGUGUUAUGGGAUUUUGUAUUUACUCCAUUGAAGAAUCUUGAUAGGGCUGCAUCCUUGAUGUCACUGAAACAGUAUUAGAAUAUAUUUACCUAUAAAACCCAGGUUUUUUUUAUUUGCUGAAAUUAGUUGGGGAGGGGGUAUUGUCAUUUAUAUUCAUCAGCCAUAUGUAUGUAUAAAUAAGUUUAACAAUGAAUAUUGUCUCAUUUCUGAGGAUUAUAUGUUUCUGGUCUUAUAUAAAACUAUACUAUUUGCAUAAGUAUCUCAAUACCAUUGUAUUCACGUGUGGAUUAUCUCUGUGAGAUGAUAUUAAUGUUCAAUAAAGAUUUCACAUUGAAACUGCUCUUUGUUUGACCUGGUUAAGUUCAUUAUGCUCUGAAACUGUGCAAGACG